AUGGCCGAGGUUGAUUUUGGAGACACCGAACUGUUCGAUCAGUUCGAUGAAGUGCAUGUCGUAAAACAUAUUCGCUUUAAUGAAGAUGAAGAAGAGGACUCGGGUCAGCCGCGCAAAUGUCGACAGACGUUCGACGCGUACGAAGCCACAAUCGCGCGUUUGAACGCAGAGAAUGAGGAACUGAAGAGAAAGAUAAAUGUAUUAAGUCGUCCUGUAGGUAUAAAAGUUGAAAACCCCAAAACCGAUGGACCGCUCUGCCAAGUUCUUUAUGGAAACAGUAACAUUUCCAAGCAACAUCGACAAGAAAUCGAAGACUUCAUCUGCUGUCUUGUCCAGAAACACCUACAUGAUGCAGGAGGACCUGCGCCUAAUGUCAAACCACAUUAUUCAAGUUUUGUCAUGGAACAGAGCUAUAAAGUGCAGGAGUCAUGUACCACUAAACUUAUCAAAGAUGCUUUCAGUGUGGUAGGAAGUGUUUUGUACUUUACCAACUUCUGUGUUGACAAACUCGGCCAACCACUCCUGAAUGAAAAUCCCCAGCUGACAGGAUGGGAAGUUCCAAAAUACCAGCAGGUUUUCGGCCAGGUCAUUGCGCUUGAAGAUCAAGAGAUCCAGAUUAAAGGGAAAAGGCCGAAACCUUGCUGUUUUAACUGCGGUUCUGAGGAGCAUCAGCUGCGAGAUUGUCCGGAGCCUAAAGAUAUGGCUCGCAUCAAUGAAAAGAGAAAAGAGUUUUCGCACAACAACAACAAUCAGAGCAACCAACGUUACCACGCAGAGGAGGUCGAGGAGCGAUUCGCAAAGUACAAGCCGGGAAAAGUGAGUCAAGAGCUUUAUGAUGCCCUUGGAAUCACAGCAAACGCCCUCCCUCCCUUCAUAUAUCGCAUGCGGGAGUUGGGUUACCCACCUGGUUGGCUAAAAGAGGCUGAGAUGGAAAACUCAGGCUUGACGCUGUAUGAUGGAUCAAAUGAUGCUUCUGAAGAUGAUCAAAGCCAGAAGAUCUCGUAUGAUGUCUCCAAGCUGGUAGAUUUUCCUGGAUUUAAUGUUAUGACUCCACCCAAUGUCAGGGAUGACUACAGGUCUUUUGGGUCCAUCCCCAUGCAGCCCCAGCACUGGAAAGAAAAUUUCACUGCUUAUUUAACCAGCACUUUUCCAUCACCUAGUCCUGGUUCCAAUAAGAGGCGUCAUACAUCUGAAUUAAUGCUCGGCCCUACCAAGAAACUGAGAUCCAGUCCAGAUCGUGAAUCAGACAUGGAAAUAGAGUCAGAUCAAGACAAGACUCCAAUCAGACCAGAAGGUUUCCAGUUUCAACCACCACCGCCUCCUCCCGGUACUUCGUCCCCUGGCGUUCUUCCACCGUUACCACUGGGAACGCCGCCCUCCACACCCACCCCACCUCCCCUCCCUAAAGGUACUCCGCCAACAUAUAACUCUCCAUCCAGUCAAGCAAGAGGUGUGGCUGAGGGGGAGGAGUCAGAGGAUGGGCUGACACUGGAGGAACUGGAGGAGCAGCAGAGGCUUCUGCGGGAAGCCCUCGAGAACGCGGACACCACGACAAACAGCGACUCCGAGACCGUAGCAUCCGUGACUCCUGUCCCAAGCUCCCCCAGUGUCUGCACACCCUUGAGACUCGAUGUGGAGGACGACGGAGAAAAGAUUCAGACGGAAAACGCAGACAGUCACAUGUAUGAAGUCUUGAGCACGCCUGCUUCACCUGUCGUGGAGCCGGUGAGCAGUGUUAGUGAGGAUGAGAGAACGGAUACAAUGACAAAUCAAGGCCAGGGAAAAGCUUCGAUUGAUGAAAAUGUGUUGGACGACAUGAGUGACAUUAUUGUCCUGGAUGAAAUUUAUUCGGAAAACGAUAAUUCUGACACAACAGACAGAACUGAAAAUGUGACUCCGGUUCAGAAUCAGGAAGCCAACACUGAAGUGACUGAAAACACUGAGGAACCUGUGACAAGUAAAGUUACUUUCGUUCCUCAUCGUAGCAAAUUUGCAGCGGGAAUAAUUCCUUUUGAGGACACACCUGAGUUUACGGAGGUUGCUGAAGCGACAGGGGUUUACCUGAAGAUUCGAGAUUUGCUCAAAGGUUCCCCAAGAAAUCAGGCCAAAAACAAGAAAUAACGGAUGUCUGUUUUUACACUUUUUCUUUUACUAGUUACCCAGUCAGUAGAGUUUUGAUCUUUAUCUGUUUUAUAGGUUAUCAACGAUGUCUCGCGCAUCAUUUUUAAGAAAACUACAAGGUCUUGGGCUAAAAAAACAGAUGGAAAACACAUUUGAUUCAUGUACCUGGACUGGCUUUUGUACUUAAGAUUUAAAUGUGUUUAAUAUUAUUUUUAUAUUCUUCUUGUUAAAUUUGUUGUUAUUAGGGUGAUUAUUGCUAUGGUUGCUUGUUUGACCGCCAUUGAAAAUUUGCAUAAUUUGUGAAUAUCUUAAAUCCUUUCUUAAAGAUUUUGUCAUUUGUUCACCUGUGUUGAUCUCAUUAAAUUAAACAUUUUAACUGGUAGAUAAA